AAAAUAAUGAACAUGUAGUUUUACGUUCUAGUAUUACUUGAAAGAAAAUAAAAAAUAAAUAACGAUACCAUUUUGUCUGGUUAUACUACAUCAGGUGAGAUGUAUUCUGACUCGAUCAAUUCGAGGCCAUCAUCUUGAUUUCAUGUUGAGGUGCUAUCUAGGUGUUUGUUAAAAGUCCCAAGUGAAAAUUUCAGUUAUUUCAACCAAUUACCGUUACCCAACUUGAACCAUGGACUGGAGACGACGACUCGCCAAUCUAAGCAGAGGAGUGAGUUGGAUCGUGGCAAUAGGAUCCCUCUUAGUUGUUUCCAGCAAUCUACAACUUUGGUACUCCGAUGGGCGUCUAAUCAUCGAUUUCUUAGCUGAACGAUUAGGUUUACCAUACUUAAGUGCAUAUUUGGACUCCAUCGGAACAAAUUUUAAACACGGGGCUAAUUUUGCUGCGAGUGGGUGCACCAUUCAGCCUGCGGAUGCUCUCAUGCUGAACCGGACUUUUAACCCUCUCACUCUUAAUGUACAACUUUCACAGUUUGAACAAUUCAAAGAUAGAUCUACCGAUUUGUAUCGUGAAGGGUCUGACAGUAAAGAUGGUUUUCCACGGCCCGAGGAUUAUAAGCGAGCCCUUUACACAUUUGACAUAGGACAAAAUGAUCUUCAUGCUGGGAUUACAUCAAUGAAGGAAGAGCAAGUGAAGACAUAUAUCCCUACCAUAAUCAAUGAGUUUGCUUCGGUCAUAGAGAAACUUUAUCAACAAGGAGCAAGAACAUUUUGGAUUCACAAUACGGGUCCAAUCGGAUGCCUACCGUUUUUUGUGAAAAACUAUCCACCAACUCCCGAAAACACGGACCAAAUCGGAUGUGUAAGGUCAUACAAUAAUGUAGCACAAGAAUUCAACAAAAAUCUCAAAGAUAAAGUUUCACAACUCCAAAAACAACUUCAAGAAACAUCGUUCGUGUAUGUUGACAUGUAUUCGGUCAAAUACUCUCUCAUAAGUCAUGCAAAGAAACAUGGCUUUACGGAUCCUCUAGGGCAAUGCAUAGGGCAAGAUGGGGAUUUUAGUAGAGGUUGUGCGAACCCGUUAGAAUAUAUUAGUUGGGAUGGAGUACAUUAUACAGAAGCAGCUAAUAAAUGGAUUGCUAAUCGUCUUCAAGAUGGCUCCUUUUGUGCUCCAAAGCUUCCCCUCAUGAAAGCAUGUGAAGCCUUUUUGGGGUCCUAAUACUCAUUGUCUUUGAUUCUUUGGCCAUGGGAUUUUAGAUUUAGUGAUUUUGUAUAUUGAACUAUAAUAGAAGACUUUUUUUUGAAAAAAUAAAAUAAAUAGAAAUGUUAACGACUCUGCUGGGGAUCGAACCCAGAAUCUCUGGUUCC